AUGAAGUCCGCAGGCCUUUCAUCAGUUGUGCUCUUUGCCUUGGUCGGCUUGUCCAGCGCUCAUCCUCAGGGCACUAGAGAUGUCAAGGGAGCUAUACGGCCCGGUAGGAUUGUUGUCACUGAGACAUCGCUGAAGGAAGCCACCGAGGCUCCUCAAGUCGUCGUCUACGUCAACGAAGAGGGCACUCCCUUGACCACCACCACUGAAACAGUUCGGUUCGUACCUGCCAGCAGGGCCCUGGAUCAUGGAACGAAACCCGCAGGUCUUGAGACUCGCUCUGGUGCCGCUUCUCCUGAAGCUGUAUACUCUGGCCACGUCCCGGGAUAUUCGAAGACGCCUCUUUCCUCUUCACUUCCUCUCUCACCGUCCUCUUCUUCAUCGCCAUCGGCGUCUGCCUCGGCAAGUCGCUACGGGAUCGCCUAUGCGCCCUACACGGCGUCAAAUGAUUGCAAGUCAGCGGCUCAAAUUGCGGCAGACUUUGCUGAGUUAAAGGGCAAUUACUCGGUCGUUCGCAUGUAUGGUACCGAUUGCGAGCAGAUUACUAAAGCCCUUCCAGCAGCCAAGAAUACAGGUCUCAAGCUUAUUCUCGGCCUCUUCGAUAUUGGCCCUAUUGAAGAUCAGAUUCAGACGAUUGUCACGGCCAUCGCCGGCGACUGGUCUUCUAUUGACACCGUCAGUGUUGGCAAUGAGCUGGUAAACAGCGGCAAGGCCACUGCUGCGCAGGUCAUCGCAGCCAUGACAAAGGCGCGGACGCUUCUCCGAGCGGCGGGGUACGCUGGGCCCGUUGUCACUGUCGACACCUUCAUGGCGGUAUUGACCAACCCAUCUCUGUGCGACGCGUCAGACUACUGUGCAAUGAACAUCCACCCUUUCUUCGACAAAAAUACUGCGGCCAAGGAUGCUGGGCCUUUUGUGACCAGAAUAGUAAGCCAGGUCCAGGCGAAGCUCUCAGACCGGAACAAGCGCAUCGUCUGCACAGAGACAGGUUGGCCGUGGCAGGGAGACAGCAACGGCGCUGCGGUACCUGGCGUCGGUGAGCAGAGGCUGGCUGUUGAUUCAAUCAAGGAGGCGUUCGCAAGCCACCCAGGGGAUGUCAUUCUCUUCUCGGCCUUCAACGACCUGUGGAAACACUCUGAUGCCAGCACUUUCCACGCAGAGAAAUACUGGGGAAUCGGGGGAGUUUUGUCUGGUUAA